AACCUGCUAUUCCUCUCUCUUCCCCCCAUAAACACUUUUUUCGAAAUACUUACCGCCAGUUUCUAUGAGGCAGUGAAGCCAUCAACAUCUUCCCGACUUCACACCAACAACAAGCAUGGUAUCACGAGUCCUUGGGGCAGCUGUGCCCCUGGCUGCUGCCAUUCUGCCUGGAGCUCGCGCGCUGUAUGUCAAUGGCUCAGUGACGGCUCCAUGUGACUCGCCAAUUUAUUGCUAUGGCGAGCUUCUUCACCAGGUUGAGCUUGCUCGUCCAUUCUCCGAUUCAAAGACCUUCGUUGAUAUGCCCACCAUCAAACCCGUCGAUGAGGUCCUUGAAGCUUUCAGCAAGCUUACCCUCCCAUUGAGCAACAACUCGGAGCUCCACGAAUUCCUCAACACCUACUUCGGACCCGCUGGUGGCGAGCUUGAAGCGGUACCAACCGACCAGCUCCAUGUAGCGCCGACAUUUCUUGACAAUGUCAGUGACGAUGUGAUCAAGCAAUUUGUCGAUUCGGUCAUCAACAUCUGGCCAGAUCUCACCAGAAAAUACGUUGGCGCGGGCGAAAUAUGCAAGGGAUGCGCUAACAGCUUCAUCCCCGUCAACCGUACCUUCGUCGUGGCUGGUGGCCGCUUCCGUGAGCCCUACUACUGGGACUCGUUCUGGAUUCUUGAAGGUCUUCUCCGCACGGGAGGUGCCUUCACCGAGAUCUCGAAGAACACCAUUGAGAAUUUCCUUGACCUGGUGGAGCAGAUCGGAUUUGUUCCCAACGGAGCAAGGCUUUACUACCUUGACCGCUCGCAGCCUCCACUCCUUACGCAGAUGGUCAGGAUCUAUGUUGAACACACCAAUGAUACAAGCAUCCUUGAGAGAGCGGUGCCAAUUCUGAAGAAGGAGUGGGAGUGGUGGAUCACCAACCGCACUGUCGAAGUCACUGCGGAUGGAAAGACAUAUUCUCUCCAGAGAUACCACGUCGACAACAACCAACCCCGUCCCGAGUCUUACAGUGAGGACUACAUUACCGCCAACAACAACUCUUAUUAUGCUACCUCUGGUAUCAUUUACCCAGAGAAAACUCCUCUUAAUGAUACCCAGAAAGCACAGCUGUACGCAAACCUCGCCAGUGGCGCCGAGUCAGGAUGGGACUACAGUACUAGGUGGCUGAAGAACCCUAACGACGCAGCCCGGGACGUGUACUUCCCUCUCCGCUCGCUCAACGUCCUCGAAAUUGUUCCUGUUGACCUCAACUCGAUUCUUUACCAGAAUGAGGUCACCAUCGGCAAGUUCCUCGCUCAGCAGGGCAACAAGGACGAAGCUGAGGAGUGGGCCAAGAAAGCCGAACAGCGCAGCGAAGCCAUGUACAAGCUCAUGUGGAACUCGACCCUGUGGAGUUACUUUGAUUAUAACCUAACAUCGUCCUCCCAAAAUAUUUAUGUGCCCGCCGACCCUCAAGUCUUCCCCUUCGAAAAGCCCAGCGGCACCCCCGAAGGCUACCAGGUUCUCUUCUCUAUCAACCAAAUGUUCCCCUUCUGGACUGGUGCUGCCCCAGACCAGCUCAAGGCCAAUCCAUUGGCUGUCAAGCUUGCCUUUGACCGGGUCAAGAACUUACUCGACAACAAGGCCGGCGGCAUUCCCGCUACCAACUUUGUCACUGGCCAACAGUGGGACGAGCCUAACGUAUGGCCACCCCUCAUGCACGUCCUCAUGGACGGUCUCCUCAACACUCCGGCCACCUUCGGCGAGGAUGACCCGGCGUACCAGGAGACUCAGAAUCUGGCCCUCCGUCUUGCCCAGCGCUACGUCGACUCGACCUUCUGCACCUGGUACGCCACCGGCGGAUCCACAUCGGAGACGCCGAAGCUGCAGGGUCUCGGUUCCGACGCCAAGGGCAUCAUGUUUGAGAAGUACUCUGACAGCUCGACCAACGUUGCUGGUGGCGGAGGCGAGUACGAGGUCGUGGAAGGCUUCGGCUGGACCAAUGGCGUGCUGAUCUGGGCCGCGGACAAGUUUGGUGAUAAGCUCAAGAGGCCAGAUUGCGGUGAUAUUACCCCCGCGAAUGUGGGCAAGAGGGCGGUUGAGCUGGAUGCCUUUGAUGCCAAGUUUACGAAGAAGUUCGCCAGGAAGGGGAAGCUUGAGAAGCUGAAGGCCAAGUUCAAGAGGCGCGCCGCUAUCUAGUUGGUGUUCUUUGAGUUGAAGAGGGGCAUGAUUAUGAUUUGCUUUAAUUGACGUUGUUCUUCUUU